AUGCAGUCUCUGGACGACUUGAAUAAGCGUGUUGAAGAGAACACGAAAGCGAAUCAGGUGUUAUUAGAAGAAAAUCAAACGCUGCGUACAGACUUCCGUGAGCGAGUCGCCAAAUAUCAGGAGCAGGCUGAACUGAGCAAAGAGUUGAUUGAUAAACUUACAGAGGCGAAUACAAGCUACGAAGAGCGUCUUCAAGAGAUGGCAGUCUUGCUUCGCCAAGCCAACGCCAAAAUUAUGGAGGGAGAAGAAGCGAAGAAAACGAUCGCCGAGUACCAGGAACUUGUAAAGAAACAGGAAGAAGUGAUUGCGAGCACAAAGGAAAACAGGGAAAAUUUAAGCAAUUUGGUGAAACGCUAUGAGACGGUUCUAAAAGAACGAAAUGCAGAGAUUAAAGCGAAAAACAAGGAAAUUUCCGAGUUGCAAAAUGAAAUGUCGAAAAUGAAAAAGGAAUGUGCAAGGCUCAAGGAGCAGUCGAGAAGAUUAGAAGCUCUCUGCCGUUAUUUGCAGGAGAAACAAGAUUCGGAUUUUGAUCCUAUGUUGUAG